CGGGGCUGCGGGCGGCGCCCGCCCGCCCAACUUUGCGAGGGGAGCCGCGGAGCAGUCGCGCCCCUCGCCAUCAGCCGGAGGCGGCGGGGCCGGGAAGGUGUCUUGGCGCUCCCAGCGGGCGGCCCCCCGGCUCCGCCCCGCCGGGAGAGCCGUGCGGGCGGCGGGGGCGGCGGCGGCAGCAGCAGCGCCGGGUGCCUCGGCCGCCUCCGCGGGGCGGCCUGACAUGAGAUCAUCGGCGGCGGCGGCAGCAGCAGCAGCAGCAGCAGCAGCAGCAGCAUGGCCUCUGCCAGGAGCGGCGGCCGCGCCGGGCCGCGGGAGGAGGAGGCCAACGGCGAGCUGGACCGCUCCCUGCAGCAGAUGCUGCGGGCGAUAGCGGAGGAGCGGAGCCGCGCCGGCCUCCGCCAGGAGAUCAGCAGCCUCGGGUGUUUCAAAGAUGAUCGUAUUGUGUUCUGGACUUGGAUGUUUUCAACGUAUUUUAUGGAGAAAUGGGCCCCCCGGCAAGACGAUAUGCUCUUCUAUGUCCGUCGAAAACUGUCCUAUGUCAGUGGUGAUAGUACAGAAGGGAAGAAGCAGAUUGAAGUUGAAGUUUACCGGAGAGAUUCUAAGAAACUUCCUGGCCUGGGAGACCCUGACAUUGACUGGGAAGAGAGUGUCUACCUGAACCUCAUCCUACAGAAGCUGGAUUAUGUGGUGACAUGUGCUGUGUGCACACGCUCCGAUGGAGGAGAUAUUCACAUUCACAAAAAGAAAUCUCAGCAAGUGUUUGCAUCUCCUAGCAAACACCCAAUGGACAGCAAAGGAGAGGAGUCAAAGAUCAGCUAUCCCAACAUAUUCUUCAUGAUUGACAGUUUUGAAGAGGUUUUCAGUGACAUGACUGUGGGAGAAGGAGAAAUGGUCUGUGUAGAGCUGGUGGCCAGUGACAAAAGCAACACCUUCCAAGGGGUGAUUUUUCAGGGGUCCAUCCGCUAUGAAGCACUCAAGAAAGUCUAUGACAACAGGGUGAGCGUUGCAGCUAAGAUGGCUCAAAGAAUGUCUUUCGGCUUUUAUAAGUAUAGCAACAUGGAGUUUGUCAGAAUGAAAGGGCCGCAAGGGAAAGGACACGCAGAGAUGGCAGUGAGCAGAGUUUCUACUGGUGACACUUCACCAUAUGGGACAGAAGAAGAUUCAAACCCAGAAUCCCCAGUGCAUGAGAGAGUCACUUCUUUCAGCACACCGCCAACCCCAGAACGCAACAAUCGCCCAUCCUUUUUCUCCCCAUCCCUCAAGAGAAAAGUGCCCCGAAAUCGAAUUGCUGAAAUGAAAAAAUCCCACUCAGCAAAUGACAGUGAGGAGUUCUUCAGAGAUGAUGAUGGUGGAGAUCUGCACAACGCGACAAACCUGCGGUCGCGGUCCCUGUCUGGAACAGGACGAUCUCUGGUGGGCUCGUGGCUGAAGCUGAACAGAACAGAUGAAAACUUUCUACUCUAUGCACACUUAACUUACAUCACUUUGCCAUUGCAUCGAAUUUUAACAGAUAUCCUGGAAGUGCGGCAGAAACCAAUUCUGAUGACAUAGCAGAGAGCGGGCACUGCCUUGGAGCCUUGUUGCCAAGUGCCUAACCACAGCGGUUUUCUGUGCUAACACUACCAUCUAGUGUCAGGAACAUAAACCUCCGCAGGAAAAAAGGGAAGUCCGAGAAUACCAGCCGAUCAAAAGUGCCUCUUUCUUCCUUCCUCUGCUGUCACGCACCGUAUGCACACGUGCAGUACAUGGCUCGAGUGUUGCUGCCUGCAAGAGGACUUUCAUCAAGAUCAAACGAGAAGGGGCAGUGUUUAAAACAAGUCGAUGCUUUAUGGACAGUUUGUUACUCUGUUUAUAACUAAGAAACCAACAAUAAGUACACAACGUGUUAAAACUUCAUAUUCUUUGGGAGAACUAACUAGAGGAUUUCGUAAUGAUGUACUAAGGAACGUGGUUCCGUAAGACUCUGGCCCAUACACUCUGGCUUGAUGUAUGUGUGAGCAUGUGUGCGUGCAUGUGGGGAUUGGAGGGAUAGGGGAAUCAUUUCCUACUGAGGGAGGGUAAGGAAAAAGAUCCUACAAAGAUACACAGCCCUUUUGGUAUGUGCAGCGGGUCACGUCAGAGCUGAAAAGAGGCUGAAAAUGUUCCCACUUGUUCAUGUGUCAGUGUUAGGACAGUUGAACGCUGCUGACAGAUUUCUGUAUCUACCAAAGAACAGCAACAUUUUCAUCCUCAAGAACUGGCUAAGAAGAUGAGCCAGUGAAAAGAAGGCUAAAAUGUGCUGCUACAGUAAAGCCGAGGUUCAUAUGCAGAACUAAUGCUGCUUUUCUCUGUGAGCUGAGUUGAUAGAAGCUUGAGACUAAACUGGAAAAAUAGGAGGCUGGAAUUGGACUCCAAAACUUAAAAACCUUACCGAUAGCCAACAACAUCCUCCUGCAUGCACUGGACUUCAGAGUAGGCAGAGUCAUCCUGGUGGUAGCGUUUGUAGCCAAGGGGGGCAUGAGAACUCAUUAACGGUGGGGCAGCCUGCCUGGAUCCUUCAUCUCCUGGUGGUGUUCUGCUGUACCGUGACAUGCCGACGCACGGAGAGUUUUCUUGAAAGACAAAAGAUGGAAGUGUAAUUCUGCUCUGAGAAGUGACUAAAAAUAGCAUAGUGGAAGGUGUGAAAAUUGUGUGUCAGGAGCUCUCAGGAAAAAAGCCUUAUGUUUACAGGUAAAAUGCAGCUUUCUCUAAAUAGUAAAACUCUGCUGUCCUAGAUAUUUGAAAGCUAACUGGUGGUAUACUGGGACUGCUGCAGGCAGCUUCACUGUUUUGAUAUGGAAGCCAGUCAGUGCUUUGGUUUAUUUACAACUGCAUAGCUGGCACAGCAAAGGGUGGGGUAGCAUGUCACCUAGAGCAUGUGAUGCUUCAGUACAUGCACAGAUAGAGUGAGAAAUGCCAUUUCUGUCACUUUUCAGACUCCAAGCACCUAAACUGAACGCUGUUGCCACAGUUAGCAAAUGGCAUAUGCUCUGAGCCUGGACCUUUGUCUCCCUCAGAGCCAGCCUUUCUUUCCCAAAGUGCUUUGUUGUUAUUCUCUCAAAAACAUCAGAUGACUUAACCUCUUAAAUAGGACUUUCUGCUUUUUUUCCUCAGGCCAGGUUUCAUGGGAAUAGCUCCGCUUCAGCAUAAAGGUAGACUAACUUUAUCAUUCAGCCCAACAUGGUGAAUCCUACAUGGUAAGGAGGUUUUUUGUUUUGUUUUCCUUUUUUUUUUUUUUUUUUUUUUUAAUUGAGGCUAGGCCUGGAAGCAGUCACCUUAUUGCAGGAUGGUAGCAUUUCUGACACCGACAGCAUGAGUGCAUGACAGGCCUGGCUGACCAGUUUUUAAUUUGCUUCACAUGUGUUGCAACAGCAUUAGAAAAAAGUUCACUUUGUCAUUACCAGCACAGCCACUUUUCAUGUUGCAGCCUUUGAACUUUGCUCCAUGGGAGUUUUUGGUUGUGCCUGUGUGUGAGGUGUUCACAUGGUCAAACAUGAGGCAUGUUCUCUGGGUGCCUAAGCUUCAUUCCCGAGUUGGGGGGGGGAGAGGUAGAGUCCUAAAUCAGCAGCUGAAGUGGCCUCUUAAAAACUUGCUAGGCAGCUGAGGCAUGUACCUGAGAUCCCUAGGGCGUGUGCCUAUUGGCAGUCGAUACAGAUAUUUUUCCUCUCCUCAUGCUAAGCCACUCUUCAGCUAAAAGACCAGUCCUACUCUGAAGCCUCUCAAGAUGUUCCUUAUUCUACGCUUCCAUGCUGCUGGGCUGGGCAAACCAGUGCUCGGUGUUUCUAUACGUAUUAGUUGGGGAGGGAAAGGAGAGAGGGUUAAUAUUUGUACUACUAGUCACAAUUUAUACCUUUCAGUCAAACAGCCAGAGGAAUAAUACACAUGAAAAGGAAAUCUACCCAGAUUGGAACCUCAGUGGUAGGUGCCUAGUACUGCUUCAGUUGACAGUAAUUUGUCAUGCUUUCUUGGUAUCAUGUAUUGCAUUUAGGUAGCUUCAUUUCAUGUGGUCUGAAAGGCUGAGCAAACCUUGCUGCACAAGACUUCAGAGCAAAUGAAGAAUGAUUCUAAACUAGUAUAUUAGUAUGAAGGCAGCAUUACAGUAAGUACAGCUCAGAUCCUAUGUCUAUUAUGCAGGAGGUAUCCUCUGCUUUGUUACAUGUACGUGGGUGGAUUUCGAUGUCUAGUCUUUGAAAGGAUUCAGUGUAAAUGUCCUAAUAAAAAUCAGUUGAUUUAUUGUAUCCUGCUAGUGGAUAUGCUAUGGGUACGUUGAAGACUCACCUUUUUUAGUAGAAAAGGGCUACAGUUAUGCCCAGAUGAACUUCCAUUGAAAACAGAGGUCAAAAAGUCUACUGAAUGUCAAUAGUGCUUUUUUGAAAUAAAUAAAUGUGCCAGAUUCUCCUCUAAAUAACUCACCUAGACUUCUCAUGUAUCACCCCUGGUUCCCACUUCCUGUUAUGAAGUGAGGGGAAAAAAAUAUCCAUGUUUUGUUUUCCUUUUGAACAUAACCUUAAAAUCAUAAUUUAUUUUCCUUGUAGAGACAGAUUGACAAGGAAGGUGAUCAGAGCUUUGCUUGGGCCCCAAUGGCAUAGCUGAGCCCUUAGCAUGCUAUUGCACUAUACCAAAAAAAUAAUAGGGAAUGUUAGUAGGAACCUCUCACCUUUUCAGUUUGAGGUGUUUUAAUUCUGUAGCUCCUAAGCAAUAAAGCAUUUUGAGCCUCUGUUGGCCAUUUAAAUAGCUGCUGAGGAAUGAACUGGUGUGUUCUGCAUGCCAUAAAGGCUGUAUGGCUGUUGAUGUCUUAACUGUUGGAGCACAGUGGUUUUCAUUAGUUAAGCUGAUGCUUGAGAAAGCAGCACAGUUAACACAUUUGGGAAGCUUUGCAGAACAGCUUUAUUUAUUUACAGAAUCCCACCAUACCUCAUUACUCAGUUAACUUCUUCCAUCCUUCUGCCUAUUCACUCUCUCCGGAGAUGGAGUCUUACCACUUGAACUAUCCAUAGAUGAUGUAUAUUGAUAAAUGUCAAAUGCAAGGAUGUAAAUAUUUUCACACUUAAAAGGUUUUCACAGCUGUAAAGUCAGCAAGUAAAAAGCCUUUGUUUUUUAAAGAAAGCUCUUAAAUCAGUUAUUUUGUAUUAGCAGAUGAUUGCCCUGCCUUAGACAUGACUGUGUAGGUGAAAUCAUGUUCUCUUAUUGCCAACCAGCAUAGGCUGGGUUCCAAGUCUCCUUGUAAAAGAAGAAGCCAUUUUUAGAAACACCACAGAUUUUUCAGCUGUCCUGGCUAAUCCUGUUUGUGUGGGUUCCUUUCCUUCUCUUUUUAUUCUCCUGGUCUUCGUUGUUUACAAGGCUUGAGCAUGUUGGGCUCUGGAUUGCUGUUACUCAGUUUUCCAGUUCUCGGCAUGAUGUGCUUUCCAGAAGAGAGAAUUAUUUGCACAGGUGACUUUUCACAAUAGAGUGGUUUUCCCAAAGUAUGUUCUUCCACCAAGUUUUAAUUAAAACAGUGAAGUCCUUGGCUCUGCAGACAGAUUUCCUCUGGCAGACCCCCAUGUACAGAAUCCCAUCUGGUCACUGAAGUUCUACAUGGAUAUGGUGUGGAGCCCACAUAAAGUGUCUACACUUUUGGACCGUUGACCUGCUUCUUUCCAAUCAUUAGUUUUUCCCUUUCCAGAUGAUGGCUUGUCCUGUAUUUUCUAGUCUAAAGCCUCCCCUUUACUAAAGAUAGAUAUAAGAGAAAAUCUACAGAAGUGCCUACGCUCUUGCUGUCCAGUGGGGUUUAAGAACAAAUUUUUAUUUAGGAAAUUAAUGAAGUAGUCUUAAAUUCUGUCUGUAUUGUGUGUAGCAGCAUCAAGAAAUGACAAGCUUAUAGUUCUUGGAAGAACCGGCCAUCUCCUACAGACUCACCCUUUGUGUUUGAAAGACUCUCAUGGUCUCCAGAGGUCAUGGCUGAAAGCUCUGGGAAAUGGGUUUCUUGUGAUCACAGCAGUUGGAUAUCUGUGAAUGCCUUACCUUGUUUUGUGAGGUGUGACUGAAAGUGUGUGGCGCUAGUGUGAAGAAGUUCUGUGUCAAAAAUAGGUGCGGUAGAAUCCAGUGAAAGGCAUUGUGAAAUAAGUAGCUUUUACACCAAACUUUAACAAAAGAGUAUAUAUUACACCAGAAUGUAGCUGUUUGGAUGCUUGGUCAAGAUAAUAACAAGGCUGCAAGCAGGUUACAAUGUUGAACGUUCUCUGUGUAAAUAUAUAAAUAUUCUGAGCCUAAUUUUAUCAGACUAACACAUGUUGCAUGGUUUGGGCUUUUUUUUGCCUCGUUGAUCAUCGGUGUUGAUUAAAAGAUGAUAGGUUGAAAGUCAUGCUGGCGCUGUGCUGAGCCCCUUGAGCAAAGAGCAAGGAGAACCUUUGUGCACCAAAAAUGGGAGUUGACUUUGCAUAUGGCAGCAGUGAAGUAAGUGUUGGACCCUGCAGCCAAUAAACAGACCUCUUAAACGAC